AUGUCGACCACGACAACAACGACGAUGCAAAGCUCUCGCCCACCCGUCCUUCCCCGAGACUUUUCCGCCCAGCAACCGCAGACGAUCCGUCUCUACCCCCUCUCCAACUACACAUUCGGGACCAAGGAAACGCAACCCGAGGAGGACCCGUCCGUGCUUGCACGUCUAAAGCGUCUCGAAGAGCACUACGACCAGUAUGGCAUGCGACGCACCUGCGAGGGCGUUCUCGUCUGUCACGAACACAACCACCCGCACGUCUUGAUGCUGCAGAUUGCCAACGCGUUCUUCAAGCUGUACGUCACCAUCACCCCAUCAACCCAUCUCACUCUGGCGGACCAGAGCCGACCAGGCGAUUACCUGCAAUACGACGACGACGAAGUAGACGGAUUCAAGAAGCGACUGAACGAGCGCCUUGCGCCCGUCGGAUCGCAAUUCUCGGGCGAGGGCGUCAACGAGGACUGGGAGAUCGGCGAUACCCUGGCGCAAUGGUGGCGGCCGAACUUCGAGACUUUCAUGUACCCGUUCCUGCCGGGGCACGUUACCCGGCCCAAGGAGUGCAAGAAGUUGUAUUUCAUUCAGCUGCCUAAGAAGAAGGUCCUCUCCGUCCCUAAGAACAUGAAGCUUCUCGCCGUGCCGCUCUUCGAACUGUACGACAACACCGCCCGAUACGGUCCUCAGCUCUCCGCCAUCCCGCAUCUCCUGUCCCGAUACAACUUCGAAUUCGUGGACGAGAACGAUAACGUGGUUGCGGCCACCCCGGGCACGCCUUUCCAGAACCCCGGCACCAAGGUCCUUGCCGGAGAUGACGGCGACGGACAGGACGAGGGAAUGGCAGAUUACAACGCGGAGGGGACCGAGAACGGCGGAGCGAACGCGCAGUGA